CAACAAACAAUUAACAUUAAAAAAUUCAAAUUUCUAACACAGUAUGAACUGAAACUCACAAAGAAGAACAAAAAGAAAAAUGUCAGGAAUUGUAGUAAAGGAUCAUUCAAUUAAGCUGUUUGGAAAAACCAUAGAUUUGCUUCCAUUUAUUGACCAGAUUCAGAGCUCCUCUGUUACAUCAACUUCACUAGAGACAAAGGAUUUAUCGGGAGGAGAGAUCACACACGAGUACGACGAAUCCGAAAUCAGCGACGGAACGGCGGCGCAAUCUCCGACGAAAAACUCGGAAAUUUCACAGACGGAAAGCAGCAGCAACACCUCGCCGGAAAAGGAAACCCUAAAAAAGCCCGACGAAAUUUUGCCCUGCCCACGCUGCGAAAGCAUGGACACCAAAUUCUGCUACUUCAACAACUACAACGUCAACCAACCCCGCUACUUCUGCCGGAAGUGCCAGCGUUACUGGACCUGCGGCGGCACGAUGAGGAACGUGCCCGUCGGCUCCGGCCGACGGAAGAACAAAAACGUCGUCGUUCCGAAUUACCGCCACGUCAUCGUCCAGGAGAGCGGGGCGGGCCACAACUUAAAUCCAAACGGGUUCUUUAUUUUCGGCCCAAGUAACGCGGAUCCAAAUUCGACCCGGAACGAAUUCCCGGUUGCGUUUUAUCCGACGGCGUCGUAUUGGGGAUCGGCUGUAACUAGCCCUGCGUGGAAUAUUCCGUUAAAUCCGGAAUCUUCCGUCCUCGGGAAACAUCCGAGGGAAGAAAAUCGAAAAACUAUGAUUAGACCGAAGACGUUAAGGAUUGAUGACCCGAACGAAGCUGCAAAGAGUUCGAUUUGGUCGACGAUUGGGAUGAAGAGAGAGAAAAUCGGUUCGUUUGCAUUUAAGGCUUUUGAUCCGAAGCUUAGGCAUAAUAAUAAUAAUAGAAGCGUUGAUAGUACGGAGACGGUGUUACAAGCUAAUCCGGCGGCGUUAUCUAGGUCGGUUAACUUCCAGGAGCUUGCGUGACGAUGAAAUGUAACGGAGGAAGGAAUAUUCGGAGUAUAUUCUUUUAUAUGUCUAACACUCUAGAUAUUUGAAGUUUUAUGUGACAUGAAAUGAAACUGCUGUUGCAGAACGGUUUUUGUAUCAGCAAAUGUAUAUAAAAAUUCGAUUUUUGUGCAAUUAGCCAAGGUUUUUUAUUUUAUUUAUAUAUGUGCAAGUUU